CUCUUUCCCUCUCCUCAAACAGUUAAAAAUUAGGGUUUCAAGAAUGGCUAAGAAAGUUGCUGCUGUUGAGACAAAACCCAAGCCAGCCACAGAGAAAAAACCAAAAUCAAAAUCAAAUGAAGCUGUCAAGAUCUCUCAACAUCCUCCUUACUUGCAGAUGAUAAUAGAAGCAAUCUCCUCAUUGAAAGACAGAAGCGGAUCUAGUCAACGAGCAAUUGCAAAGUUUAUUGAAGAAAAGUAUGUGACUGGACUUCCCCCAAAUUUCAAGAAGAUAAUUUCAAUGCAAUUGAAAAAAUUUGUCAAAUCAGAAAAAUUAGUGAAAGUUAAGAAUUCAUAUAAGAUUUCUGAAACGGAGAAAUCGAAGAAAGUUACUGCUGAUGCUAAAGAAAAGAAGAAAGCCAAAGAGAUUGAGAAAGAAGGAGAGGAGAAGGGAACUGAAAAAGAGAAGCAGAGAUCUAAGAAAAGUGAGAAAGAAGUAGGGGUUUCAAAGAAGAGUGAAGCUGUUGUUGGUGGUGAUAACAAGAAAUUGAAGAAGAGCGAAGCUGUUGCUGGUGGUGAGGAUAAGAAGAAACCGAAGAAGAGUGAAGCUGUUGCUGGUGGCGAUAAGAAGAAAUCUAAGAAGAGUGAAACUGUUGAUGGUGGUGAGAAGAAGAAAUCGAAGAAGAGUGAAAAAGUAGUUGAGGCGAAAAAGAGUGAUGCUGAGAAGAAAUUGAAGGUAGGUGAUAAACUGAAGAGGUUGAGUCAAGUGAAGACCCCAGAGAUCUUGAAGAAGAACAAGAAAAAUGUGGUACCGGAAAAGAAAGCUAAGAAGUCCCCAGAAAAAGAAGCAAAGAAGAAGUCCCCAGAAAAAGAAGCAAAGAAGAAGGCAGCUGGGGGAAAGAAAGUUAAGGUUUGAUGAUGAAUUGAAUGUUUGGUAGUUUAAAUCUUUGGUUUCUAUGCAUGUAAAUGAAUGGAUUUUCUUAUUUAUGUUUAUGAUUUUCCGUUUAGGAUGUUAGGUUGAUGGAUUUCUUUCUAUGAAAUCAGUUUUAGAGUUCUAGUUUGAUUUAAUCUCUUAUUACUUCAAUGUUGUGGUUCUGUUUUUAAGUUCUUAGUCAAUGUAGAUCUUUUCUAGUAUAUGACAGAAACUACAAUCACAGUGUAAUGGGUAACUUUGAAA